AUGUCUUCGUCUGUGCCUGUCGAAUCUCCUCAAGCAGGGGCUCGGUUAGGCAAGAUGUCGGAUGACAACGUGGGUAAUCUUGAUGUGGGAUGGCUACUGCAUUCGAGGAAAGAUCAAAUCCGACGAAACAGCGUCAAUGCCCCCAAGAUACAAACUCAUCAUCCACCUUCUACAACCUUGCGAGCUGAGCCCACACCACCACAAACGCCAGUAUCUACCCAAGAGCCACGCAUAUUAGCAGAGUCAGAUGGCGCAAACAAUAUCAACGAGAGGGUGACGGUAUCUAAUAGCCAAGAAGUGAGUGGACAACCAGAAGCGCCUAGGCCUUCCCCGGCGAGCGACGGUUCCCCUGCCACUGUGACCGCUCCGGCUCCGAAUCCUACUCCGCCUGCCUCGCAAGGGCAAAAACACCACCUCAAGCGUCCUCACCUCCUCGGCCGAACAAGUCAACAAGACGAGAACAAGAACCCAUCGCAAAACAGCCCCAAAGUGAACCUCUCGCCCAAACAGCCUCCGCGUAGGGCCUCCUGGAUCGCCAAUUUGAGCUCCAAGUUCUCCUCUUCCUCCGGUGCGCCGUCACCAACUCGCAGUUCCAGCAUUGACGCUUCAGCAACCUCUAGUAACACGCGCCCUACUAGUCCAACUGUACAACUUACCAAUCCCUCCAGCACAGCGCAAAAUGGAGGUGGUCCAAAGGUGGAUCUCAGGAAAGAAGCAAAACAGGAGGAUCAGCCAGCUCUUACACCUGUUCAUGCGACUAGGCGGCCAUCGGUGUUGGUACAAGCUGGCAAGGAACGAGAUGAUAACCCAGGCUUCUUGCAGAGCGCACUCAGGAAAUUUUCCUCUUCUGGUCAUGCAGGUUUCGGGAAGGGGGCUGGUAAUAACCAAGCAUGCCAGCGUAGGAUCAUGAAUGUGGACCGGAAUAGGGAGCGUGUUAAGAUAACCGAACUCGAACCUAGCAAAUUGAAACGAGUUGCUUUCUGCGUUGACGUUGAAAUAGCGGGCUAUGCCAGCUGGCAUGAAGUCGAAGAGUUCGAAGCAGAGCGUAGGGAACAAAGAGCACCUGAAGUUCCAGUAGCCCGCCGGCAGAGCUUACCAAUGCUAGAACUUCAAGUUCAAGCUGCCAAAAACAAGAAAGAUAAAAAGGAUGGCAAGAAAGAUGUCAAGGAGGCAAUGCUCAAAGACAAGGCUGAAGGCGCUGUGUUGAAGAACCCACAAGCGGCAAAGGUGCAGAAAGAAGAAAUGGAAACAGUGGUACAGAACAAUGAAAAGGCUACGGAUCCGUCCAGUCAACCCACAGCAUCGGCUACCGUACCAGAGCCCCAAGAGCCAGCUGACACAGCUGCAGAAGCAGCGUCAAGUGACCCACAACAAAUUGCUGGAACCAGGAAAAAGGAAAAGAAGAAGAGAUCGGAAGCAGAACGUAAAGAGAGGAAGGAAAGGAAACGGAGACAUGCCGAAGCCAAUGGCAAAGUCCCACUAGAACUAACUGGCUGCAACGAUGACGGAGAGGACGACUCAAGUCCGUCACCGUCUCCUCCUGGUGCCUCCACUCCAAACAUGACUUCAUCCCCCACGACUGAUCCUCUUCGGAUAUAUAAACGAUGUGCUCAGCUGAGAGAAACCAGCAUCGUGAAGAAAGUCUGUGAUCAGAUAUCCUCACCUUCAUCCACUUUUGCCGAGUCGCCGGGAACUGUUGCUGUACUAGAUCUUUCUGGAACAGUAAUGACAUUGCCCGAGCUCGUCACUCUGGGCGACUGGCUCGCCGUUGUGCCUGUCCGAAAACUUCUGCUUGAAGAUUGCCAGCUGACCGACGAGGGACUCAGAGUUGUGUUGUCAGGGCUAUUAGGUUGUAAGACACCAGAACAAGCAAAGCAGAACAAGAAGCUUCCCAAACGAGGAACCGGUCGGAAAGGUGAAGAGCAGCUUGGCGUUAUUGAAAAGGUCUCACUCAAGGGUAACUCGAAGCUUACAAGCAUCGGUUGGAAACACAUUGCAUUAUUUCUACAUAUGUCGAAGUCUCUAAGGGCUAUUGAUCUAUCCGGGAUACCUUUUCCAGCUGAAAGCAUGUCUGGAGAAUUAUCAAGGACGAAUACAGCAAACACGGCAGCAAGCAAUACCACAAACAUGAGCCACUCCAGUAAUGGUAGUCUAGGAUCGGUUUUGUCAAGAGCUCUUGCUGAGCGGUUUGCUGGCAAUAAGCUGGAAGAACUAAUACUAAGCACUUGUUCUCUAUCGACUAGCAACAUCAGCGAUAUCAUUGAUGCUUCUCUGAAAUGCAGGCUGAGGAGACUGGGUCUCGCGGGAAACAACAUCACCACGGAAGGCUUAGAUCACAUUGUUCGUUAUGUCGAAUCUGGUGUUUGCGAAGGUCUGGAUCUCGGGGAUAACGAUUUGCACGGUUGCAUGGAGCCGCUAUCAAAUUCAUUUACCACCGAAAACAACUUUUUUGCUCUGAGCUUGUCCGGCUGCAAUCUGACAACUUCAGACCUCAAAGUCUUGCUUCCAAGUUUUGUCAAGCUGAAGAACUUUCGAUUUGUGGAUCUCUCGCACAAUUCAAGACUGUUCGCUACACAGCCAAACGCAGUGUCUAUUCUCAGGAAGUACCUACCUCAGAUGGCCUCCUUGAAACGCAUUCAUUUGAACGACGUCGGACUAUCCUCUGAACAUGCGAUAGCUUUGGCUGAGAUCUUGCCUGAGUGCUCUUCGUUAGCACACCUAAGCAUCCUUGACAAUGCUCCUAUCAGUGAACUCAUGAACUCGAAAGACAGUGGUGCACAAGAAGAGGCUUGUGCACUGUUCGCUUCUCUAAUGACUGCAGUGCGCGUAUCGCAUACUAUCAUUGCCAUCGAAAUCGAAGUCCCAAGUGCUGAAAGCAACGAGGUCGUCAAGGCGAUGGCAUCCCAAGUGAUCGCCUACACGUUGAGAAAUAUGGAGCAUGGUGCUUUGCGAGAGCUAGAGCCGUCACCUUCCUCGAAGGGUGCCCCAGACAAGGAUGCUCCAGAAAUCCUUCUACAUAUUGUCGGACACAUGGAAGGAUACCAAGAAAAUCACGAUGCAGAUGAUCCUGCACCCGAUGAUGACUAUCUCAUGGGAGGCAAUGCUAUAGUGAAAGCACUUGGUGUGUGUCUAAGGAGUGCUGAUGAGAAAAGUAGAGUGGUAUCGAGCAACAUCUCACCCCACGGCACCCCUGGCGCCAGUGGAUCAGGCACACCGAAAUUCGGCGCCAGUGGAGAGGAUCCGGCUUCCUACAAAAAGCCGCGUGACAUGAGCAAGCAAUUGCUUGAGAGUGCACGGAAGAUCAGGAUGAGGUUGAAGCCAGCCCUCGUUCGCGAAGACCAGGCUGGCAAUGAUUUCAAUUACCGCCGUCUUCAAUUCUUAGACUCAACCCUUCAGCGCAUGAUCCAGCGCUUCGAGGACGAAUACCCCGAAUGCAAACUCCCCCCUCCACCAUCUGAAUCCAGGACCUCCAGCACAUCACAGGCAGACCGUGACUCCUCCUAUGCCGACGCAUCCAUCCUCUCCGCCUCAACCGAGAUCAAUGGACUCGCCAAUACCACAUCGGGCGAAGAAGCCCUGGAAGAUGCAGACGAAGAGCCCUUCGCUCUCAAACUCUCGCGGACGCCAUCCAACACCUCCCUCGCCUCCAAAGCCCUGACCCACGAAGAAGGCCGCAUGCAUCGCUACGGCCAAUCCGUGUGUCGCGAGAUCGCACUUGCCACCAACCCUCGCACCGUCAACGACGAGCCGAACUCUGUUUCGCAGACUACAAGCACGACGUCAUCCGACGAAGAACGAUCGGCCGAGGCGUCGCGCUUGCGAGUCAUACAGGAACGCAUCGCCAACAUGCGCGGCGAGGAGAUUGCACAAUUCCACGAGCAGUGUCACCGUGACGGCAUGGAGAAGGCGCUGAAGGAUCUGGGAGUCACGGCGCAGGAGGUCGUGGAGCUGGAGAGGUGUGAUCCCGAGGCCUUUGAGCGCUUCAGGGAGAGUCAGGUCGCUGCGAGGUUUAAUGCCGGGUUUUGA